AUGGUGUUCCCACGCCAGAUAGAUCUCUCCCUCAAUGCAUCGCGCGAAGUCAGCAGCUGCGCCAAACCCGAUGACGCCUUCCUGCAGCUCUCUGAGGAACUAUCUUUGGCAGAAGAAGCAGAGUCUGCAGAGUACGCUAACGGAACGGAGCUAUACAAACGCGCCGAUGUGACAAUCAAUACCUACGUGCACAUCGUCGCAGCAUCAAAGAAGCCGGUAGACGGCUGGGUCUCCGACGAAGCCGUCCACAAGCAGAUGAAAGUCAUUAACGACGCCUUCAAGGGCCGCAAUAUUGGCUUUCACCUCGCCGACAUAUCUCGCAAAGUAGACCGCGACCUCGCCACUGUUAAAGACGGCGAGCCCACGUCCAAGCUCGGCAAUAAGCUUCGCAAAGGCAACUACGCAACUUUGAAUUUGUAUAUCGUCAAAGACAUGCCUCGCAAUGUCGCCGGCGACUGCACCUUUCCCGUCUCCAAUCCCGGGCCCUCGUAUCCUAAUGACGGAUGUCGGUUCAACUCCAACACCUUGCCGUCGAAGUCUGACGGCAAGGUCUUAAUCCACGAGAUCGGGCAUUGGUUAGGAUUGAUGCAUACAUUCCAGGAGGGCCCAGCGAAUCCGACGUGUGGGACGGGGCAUGGCGACCAGGUAAAAGAUACGCCGGUGCAUUUGAUGCCAAAAAGUGCAGACUUUGAGUGCAAGGCGGUGGAUACGUGUCCAGGAAAGAAGGGCAAAGAUCCGGUCGGGAACUACAUGAACUACACGCCUACCAAGUGCUGGACACAUUUUACCAAAGGACAGGCUCGGCGCAUGCAUAAUAUGUUCCAGACGAGGAAGAAGCACCAGUAA